CUCGCUACUCACGACGUGUAAGCUGUACGCGAACGUGCAACUCAAAACUAAGAGCAGUCGACACAUCCCUUCACAUAUCAGAACGGACCAAGGUGGCCUCGACGCUAGCCGCCGCAGUCGUCCACAAGUUCUAAGAUGUCUGAGACAACUUGGUGUGACGAAGAGCAGCUGGUCGAUCAUCCCGUUCCAGUCGUUCUACAUGAAGUUGCAGCCCGUCGCGCUCGCGCGUGAGCAACUCGAUAUGGGCUCGAAGUCGCGCCACUUGGAGGUCAUUCGUCUGGUUCACAGUCAGCUUGUUGACGAUGCGGCGGGCGCGAGAAGCGUAGCCGAGGGAGUUGAGUGUCUCGCUCAAGUUGCGGUGCGCUGGGCUCACACAAUGUGUGAGUAUGAGGGUGUGGCUAUUGCCACCGAGCGAGUCUUGCAGCAGCUUGGUCAGUUUCGAAUCGCGGUAAGGGACAUGGCGCUUGCCUUCGCUGAGCGCGUGAUCACAUUUCCGAUUGCCAGUAAGCACUGUUGAUGUCCACGCUUUCUUUGAACCGCAGCCCUUCGACCAGCGUCUUUUCCUGGCGCUCCGAGCCAGCCAAGUCGACGAAAGUCAACGUCGGCGUCCUUGUGGUCUUGAUCCCAGACUGAACUUGUUGCUUGAUGAACACCGUAAAGACCGACUAGACGCUGUGUUCAUGCUGGUCUUACCCGUCUUUCUCGACAACGUGCCCUUCUGCAACAGACCCAGGCAGUCAUUUGCACUUGAAAUCCGUUCUUCGCACACACAGCAGUCGCUUGCGCGCGUGAGGCGCGCCAACGUCGGAAACAGCAGGUGCCGCAUCUCUUUGCCGUACACUUCGACGAGGGUGACACCGAACUCGACGUGGUUGGAGGUAUCGAGAGAAGUCUUGUCAAAUAGCGCCCGCACCGCCGUCGGGAUGAUGCCGAGGGCGUUGGAGCCGUCGUUACCCAUGGUGCAAGUCUUACCAGCCCGGUUUGUCCGUACGCAAACACCUAGAACCAAUUGAGUUCUACUAGCUGUGGCCGAAUGCGGAGGUGUACCUUGGCGUUGUGUCCGGCUAGAGAAGACCCGAGAAGCGGCGCGACGCAGCCAAAGACGCUGUCGUUGAAUGCAUCUUUGUCCAACACGUAGUCGUCCUGGAAAACUGCCGCGGUACCCGCUUCGAGUCUGUCAUCACCACGACGGGUCUGACAGUUUGGACACGACGUGGUUUUUCAACGGUCGCAUGCGAGUGACCACUUGGAUGUUGGCUGCGCUAGUGGGCAGCAUACUGGGUUUGUGCACCCCCUUUGCUAGCGACGACUUGAUGGCCCCGAGGAAGCGGGACGACGGCUUGUCAUCGAUCGCUAUCACGGGAAUGAGGAUGCCCAUAUGUUGUUGUGAUUGGCAAUGGACCAAGUUGAGGUUGGAUGAAUUGCCCAGAUUUGCCAGAUUUGGCUUGGUUUGCUUAUACUGUAAUUUAGCCACUUCUUGAUACGCAAUUAUUGCG